UUGAAACAGCUCAGUUACGAAAGAAGGCAAUGAACAAAUUUUCACAAAUGCUAUCCUAUGCUAAAUCAACAACAGCUAGAUCAUCAACCAAUGAUGUAGAAAAUGAUCAAGCAAACCUGCAUGUUGAUGUAGAAAAUGAUCAAAAAAGUCCGUCUGUUGAUGUAGAAAAUGACCAAGUAAACUCGUGCAAAAAAUCAUUUGAGCUAGUAGUACCUUUUGAUUUAGAAAAAAAUUAA